AUGGAGAUCGCUCAAGAAACAAACACACUGUUCUCGACUCCUGAUAGAACUCAGACCGCAUCCCCGGCGCCAUCUAUCCCAGCCCAGCGAAAGCCAUCGAACGAAGAAACAUUUGAUGGUCCAUUAGCUGCGCCUGAGAUGGAAGCUCUACUACUACCCUUAUACGACAAAACUUUGUCAAGCUACGCGGCAAAUGGGUUGGAGGACAUUUCAGAGCUUUGUGAUGAGACCGAAGAUGAACAAAACAAAGCCUUGGUCACGAUCGACUCGAAGCAACCUGGAAAGAUUAAAGAAUCGGUCAAUGAGAUCCAAAAGGGCGAUGACCUCGACGAGCCAAGAAUAUCUCCGCUUCCACUCGAAAAUCUUCCGGAUUGGAGGCCUUCCUCCCUUGGUUGGGCGCCACACAUCGCGAUUUUGAUCUUUCUCAGCCUCGUCGUCUACAUCGGCCUCUAUUUGCGCUCAAAGUACAGGGGAGUCAUCGCGUCUUCUGAAAGUCGUUGGGACUGGAUCUUUAGGUUUGGACCGGCUUUCUUGGCUGUAACAAUUCAAGAGGCCCUCUUGCGUAUUGUCACAGACCUGCAAUCGGUCCUGCCCUAUAUUGCUCUGUCGAGUAAUCCGUUUGAUGACCUUCGAUCGAGACACCUCGCUCGACUCACUGAACCACGAUGGUAUGAUGGCUUCCAUUUCGAUCACCUCUUCCAGGCUACAGUCUUCCUCGUUCGCUAUUGCACCUUUGUGUUCGUUCCUUUACAGUCGUCACUUCUUAGUUACGGCCGCAGGCAUUACAGCACAAGUUCUAGCCCGUUUCGGGUCGUGCUGCCAAACGACUUGAUAUCAUCAUUAAGUCAAAGCCGGGUGCCCGCCCUCGCACUGAACUCUGUUUGGCACGGGCAACCGGUCGCGGACAUCAAGUGGCUUACCAUUAUGCCACAAGAGAGUGUCGUCAAGAAUUACAUGGCCAUACAGCCAGAUUACGCAGGCGUGAUGCCGUUCAGGACUGAACACGAAAAGUCGUCAAGCAAUGCCUCCGAAAGCGAAACUUGGACGCUAACAACCUCAGCCAUCUAUGGGUACUUGAACUGCAGUCAAAUCGACAAUAUAACCUUGACUGUGAACAGCAUCUGGCUUGGUGCUUCUGGGCUGGAGAUCGAUAGACUUGCACUACGUCUUAUUGACAAAGAAGGCUGA